UCAUAUGUGGUAUACAAUGUACAUUGUCUGUGUCACAUGGCUGCUGAAUGCCAAGAAAAUGGGACGAUUUUGGAUUUCAGUGCUUUUAAGUACGAGUCUUUUAUGGCUGUGAUUAAACAUAACUUGCGUUCAACUUAUAAGCCUCUCCAGCAGUUAGCUAACAGGGACAUUGAGACAGAGGGGCAACUUGUUACAGAGUCAAGAAGGCCAAAUCCGAAUAAAAUUACAUUAAAGAAGCAGUUGUUUAGAAAUAUUGUUCCGGAAAUUCCUGGAAACCGUUAUGCACAAAUAAAUUUAAAGGGUGUAACUCUUACAACUAAUGAAGCUAAUUGCUGUUUCUCAUCAAAAGAUGGAAAAAUUUUUAUUUUAAUCGAAGUUAUAGUUGCACCGAAUGGUGAUAUAUUAUUAGCAGGCCAUAGGUUUCUUUGUAAAGCAGAUUACUAUGACUAUCCACUUCCUUCCUCAUCCAUUGGAAUUUUUAAGGUAUCACAUGUGGAUCCUGUUAAAAGCAUGUGUAGGUUGCAGGAUUUUUUUCAAAAAUGUGUUAUUUUACCUGAUGGAGACAGUUUUCUUUGCAUUCCUCUCCUUCACAGUGGUUUUCAGUAAAUUUUUGGUUAGAUCUUGUUUGUCAUUUGUU